AACUCUUGCAAAUUUUAGGCCCAGAAAAACUCAGCCAUUUUUUCUUGUAUCUUGUGAAGUUAUCCUCGAAUUCCAAGUAUAUAAGCUGUAUUGCCCUGACAAAAACUUGAGAAAUAUUUAUUUUGAACAAGGAUGAAUCCAUAAAUGUAGUACUAUAGUGAAUCAGACUGUGACGCAAAUAAUCAGUCAAUUUGUCAAUCAUUCAGAGGCUUCUUCGAUGAGGACAGUCAAAUUAACAGGUAAUUGACUAAACUCAUUAUUUAGAGCUUAAUCAAUUGAUGAUUAAUUUGAAUAGAUCAGUGCCCCUAAUUCUGUGUAAUUUUCAACGCAAUGCUCCUCAAUCAACUUGAAAGAACAAAAAAGCGAAAUGAAAGAAGAUCUGGAUGAUUUAAGAUGCUCAGAGAUAGAACCGAGUGAAGUGAUAACUUUUAAAUCUCAGAUUAAAUGUCAAUGUAGCAAAUCUUAGUGUCAGCAGAGUUAUUGCGAGUGUUUUGCAAGAGGCAAGACGUGUGGUAAACACUGUGGCUGUCAAAAUUGCCAGAACAUGUAAAUAAAUAAGAAAUUGGAGAAAAUUUAGAAGCGACUUGUUAAACAAAAGAGAAUCAAAUAAAGGACACCAAGAUACUUAAAAGGGUGUACUUGUGGAAAAUCUAGAUGUCAGAAUAAUUUUUGUAGUUGUCAUCAAGAUGGCAAAUAUUGUAAUUCUGGGUGCAAGUGUGUGGAUUGCAAAAAUGUGUACAAAUUUUGCUUGAAGAUCUUCCCUUAGAUUGAACAUGUGGAAUCGAAUGAGAUAUCCACGAAUACGAAUAACGUAUUAUUUAUAAUUGGAUGUGAAAAUAGUAGUAAUUUUGAGAAUUUGAAUAAAUUGUCAAACAAAAGUGAUAUUUGA